AGUUCAUUAGUGAACCGAAGAUUUGGGACGUCGGAAUGUUGGAUUUCUUAAUACCUAUAUAUGUAAAUAUAUAUAUACACUAUAUGGUUACUUAUUUCAUUCUACGAUCGUCAUCAUAGAUCAAGGAAUAGUCAUUCGCGAUUCGUCGAUCGACUGUUCAGUAUAGGCUUCAGUGAGUUCGUCAGAAUCAUUGAGUGACGAGAUACGAGCGUUAUUCUCCAAUAAUUCUCCUACGCAUCAACUUGCAUCGGCGCACCUUUUAAACGACCCGAACAUUAUCACUGUGGCAGUUUUUUAACCCCCGUUUUUUUUUUUAACGUACCUACCAGCAAAAUCAAACAUUUUACCGCUGCAGAGUUAUGGCUGAUCAGAAUCAAAAUCCAGGAACUCCUGGUACUAAUAAUCAAUAUCCAAACUGGCCUCAGCCAAUAAACUGGUCUUAUGGAGGAAAUUAUACGGGACCUCAAAUGUAUAAUAUGAAUGCGUUUUAUGCGGCACAAUGCUAUAAUCCGCAAGGAUUUCAAAGCUUUCCCAGUCAAUCGUUAAAUUUUAACUUUAAACCAUUUGUUCAUGGAGGCACACUAGAAACUGCCACUGUUUCACAAGAAAACUCUCCUCCUCUGCCAAAUGGGCCAGCUCCUUCACAGCCCCCUCCACCUCAAUUUGAUAAUGAUGAUUUAGAUAAACUUCCUCCUUUACCACCUGGUUCUCCACCACCAGUUCCUGGAAUAUGUGAUGUACCUCUACCACCUCAACCAAAUAUAUCAUCCUUACCUCCAAUGCCUCAAACUAAAAACGGUAGAAAAAAAUGGAGAAAAAAACAAAGGAACUUAAUGGAGGCGGCAGCUAUGGCUAACCAAUCUGCACAAAUUGCCCCUCCUAUAUAUCCUAUAUUAAAUUUUGUUCCUCCUGUUCCUAUUUCACAACCUCCUCCUACUCCAAAACAAACAAUAUCAAAUUCUUUAUUUUCGUUUACUCCUAUAGUUCCCAGCAAACCUCCACCUCAACAACCAGCGCCACCUAAAGAAAUCCAACCUGUUCAAAAAAAACAAAAUACCUUUGACUUGCCUGAUAAUUGUCCAACUAGUUUGAGAGAGUAUAUUAAAAAAUGUCAAGAUAAAUGUGUAAAUAAAAUAGACAGAGAUAGAAUGGAUAUCAUUUUAAAAGGAAAAUUGACCAAUGCAAAUCAUGAUGGGUCAUUAUGGAUUAAAGACUGGUCAAAAGAACCAAUGCCAAUGUUAUUAAGUGAAAAUAUUACAAUAAACCAAAAUCAAGAAAAUGGUAAAAAUAAAAAUUCUAUCAUCAAAAUUGCAUUCAAAAAAUCUACGAAUAACUAUGUUAACUGCUACUUUACUUCAAAAUUCAAAUCUUGUUUGUCUCCUUCAUCAAAUAGUUCUAAUGAAUCUAAUACUGACAUUAAAAAGAAAAACAGUCCAUUACGUGAAAACAAAAGACAAAAUAGUGAUGAUUUUAUUCCUCUUAAUGUCAGUAGUGAUGAAAGUAAUAGCAAAAAGAGUAGAUAUACUUAUAAGAAUAAAAAAUUAUAUAAUGAAGAUGCUCAUAUAUAUCAACAAUAUGGUUCUAUAAAUAAUAAACCAAAUUAUGAUAAACAUUUGUUGACCAAACGUGCGGCACGUUUUUCAUCUCAAGGAAGUCCAAAAAAAAAGCCUCGUCAAAUAUUAAAAAAUGACUAUCAUACACAAAAGUUAUCUUCCAUGGAUGAUGAUGAAUUUCAUAUAGACUCUUGCCAUAUUGUCGGAACAUGCGUUGAUUUAGAAAAAAAAUAUUUAAGAUUGACUGCAGCACCAGACGCUGACGCUGUAAGACCGCUAAGGAUUUUAGUAAAUUCAUUAGAACAUGUGAAAUCCAAAUGGAUGAGUAAUAGCGACUACCUUUUUGCAUGUGAUCAAUUGAAGUCUAUUCGACAAGACUUGACAGUGCAAGGUAUUAGGGAUCCGUUUACAAUCGAAGUAUAUGAAACACACGCUAGGAUAGCUUUAGAAAAAAGUGAUAUGGGAGAAUUUAAUCAAUGUCAGACUCAGUUGUGUGAUUUGUAUGAGGAGUUAAAAGAUAACCCUGCUGCUCAAAAACAUAGAAAUGAAUUCCUCUGUUAUAGUAUUUUGUAUUGUAUAUAUACAAGAGCUUUAUGUGAAUUAAACAAUGUUGUGUUGUAUAUUAAGGAGUCAAAAAUCAAAGACAAGUGUGUAGAUUUUGCAUUGAAAAUCAAAGAUGCUUGGUGGUUAGGAAACCAUGUUCAGCUAUUUUCUUUGUACAAAAUUGCUCCUAAAAUGGCCUCAUACUUAAUGGAUAUGUUUUUGGCUAGAGAGCGCAAUAACUUCUAUUUGGCUAUUGCCAAGUCUUACCGUCCAACUAUUCCAAUCUCGACCAUUCAAGAUCAAAUGGCAUUCGAUAAGCGCGAGGAUUGUUUGGCUUUUCUUAAGGCUGCAGGCGCUGUAUUUACUUCCAAUAACGAGAACAUCGACUGCAAAGCAAGCUGCGGUUCGACCGAAGCUUGACUUUCAGAAUGGUUUCGUCCCCAUCUCUACAUUAUCACAUAUAUAUAUGUAUAUAUCUAAUAAAUGAAACUCUUCGUUGAUUUGUCGCCGUAGAAAAGAACCACAAUGGGCCACAAAUUAAAAUUCUACUUCUGUAUAUAAAUCUUACUACAUCUAUAAAGUUAUUUAUGACUCAAAAUAAAUUAGGGAUGUCAGUCAUGGAGAUUAACAUUAUGUUUUUCAACACAAUUUAUUCCAAUGGAUCACUUUGCACAAAAAUGUUAAUCAUAUUUUUGGGCAAUUCAGCUUCGUUUUAUACGACCAUCUUUUUUUUUUUUUUGUCGAUUGUCUUUGGUAUCAACCUUCAUCAUUCUGAUGUCAACAAAUAGUUAUGAAGAAAUUACUGAUAUUUUUUGUAUCUACACCCGUUGUUUGUUAUGUCAUGACUUAUGAGUAAGUAAGAGAUGUCCCAAAUACUCCAAGAAAAUUCAAUUAUCUUGAAAUUGGGGAAAAGCCCUUGCUCAGUGAAAGUAUGCAAUUACUUGUGCCAAAACUUGAGUUAGGUAAGUAGGUGCUCUGGUGCUGAAUUUGUGAAAAUCAUACCUAUGUAUCAUGGAAGAAAGUAUAGCAGACACCAAUUACAAUGUGGAUCAAUUUUAAAAAGAACUUACUGGGAGCUUCAUAUCAUACGUUUGUUUUGUAUGUAACAUUGUAACAUACAAAACAUAUUUAGUUCAAAUAAUUCUUUCUUAAAUUUAAUUAUUCAUUCGUUUUAAUAUGAUCAUUGCAUUUGCAUUGGCCUUUAAAUAAAAAAUAACAUUUAAUAUUAAAAUGUGGGUCUUCAUUCAAGGAUAUUCAAUAUUGAUGUACAUUUCAUGAUGAUUCGUUGCAAAUAUUGUUUAUAAGUUGAUUUUAAUUUUAGCAUCAAUUACAUUAAGAGAUGACAGUCCGACUUCAUUAUUAAAUCAACAUAGUAAUUCGGAGGAGAUUAAUUAUUGAACAUAUAUUAUAUGGACUGAGUCAUUUAUAUUUUUUUAUAGGAUAGUUUUGUGCGUAAGGUUGAGUGAUUCUAUCAAAUUUUAUCAGUAUUCAAUUCUUCAAUUUUAAUAGGAUGAUUAAUUCUGGUCCAAAUGUAAUUAUGUGAAUAAUAUACUAUUCAGACUUUAGUGGUUUAUUUUAAUUUUUUUAGUUUAUUAUUUCUUCGACAAAUGACAAAUCACUUACUAUAUUUUUAUUAUAUUGUUCAUAAAUAAUUUAUGUAUGCAGUUCUUUAAAACUAAUUCUCAUAGUUUUUUUUUGUAAAUAUAUCUUAGAACAAUAAAAACAACAUAACAAAGGUUUUAA